UUCAGAGCCUUUUUCCCACCUUUUCUCACUCAUACGCGGAUACGGCCGAAAUUAUUACUAUAAUCCAAUCCUAACUCUCCCUACCCUCUUCCCUUCCUAUAACUUCGACUUCUCAAACAACUUUCCUUAGACAUUCUAACUUUUCCACCCAACCUCUGCAAAACUGUUUCAUAGUAUGCCGUUUAGAAACGCAGAAAAUAUUUUCCCGCAAAAUUUUGCAGCCAUCGAAAAUUUCCCCCUUUCCGCGGGAAAAUCCCUCGGUUCCUGAAACCACCAUCUGGGUCGUCGCGAAUUUUGGAAACCUAGAAAAAAAAAAUUUCGAUGGCUUCGGGGGCUAUAUUCUCGUCGCUCCGGCGGCGGAGGUCGCCGUCGUUGGAGGCGUUUCUGGCGCCGGUGGACCUCGCCGACGUGGCGCUGGUGCGGACUCUGGUCUCUGUCGCCGGCGACCUCGUGUCUUGCUUCUCCGAUCACCGGUUCCCCUUUCAGCGCCGGAAUUCGCGUUCCCUCAUCCGAAAAGUGGAGGUUUUCCGGUCAUUGUUGGAGUGUUUGAGGGACUCCUCCGGCGGCGGCGUUGCUCUUCCCCCGGCGGCGGCGCUAUGCCUGAAGGAGCUCUAUCUGCUGCUCUAUCGUUCCAAGAUUCUCCUUGAUUACUGUGGCCAAUCGAGCAAGCUGUGGCUUUUGGUUCAGAACCAUUCUAUUUCUGGUCACUUUCAUGAUUUGAACCAAGAAUUUUCGACCCUUUUGGACGUUUUCCCCGUUUGGGACGUUGACCUUAGUGAUGAUGUUAGGGAACAUGUUGAAUUGUUGCAGAGACAGUCUAGAAGGGCUAAGUUGUUCAUAGACAAGAAAGAUGAUGCCCUUAGGAUAAGGCUCUUCUGGUUUCUUGAUGAGUUUGAGAGUGGGAGGGUUCCUGAUUCUGCUGAAUUCAGGUCUUUCUUUGUGGAUAAGUUGCAGAUUCUUGAUGCCAAGAGUUGUAGGGUGGAAGUUGAAGCCUUGGAGGAGCAGAUUGUGAAUCAUGUGGAUGAUGUUGAGCCAACAGUUCCUGUGCUUAAUGGGAUUGUGGCGAUUACAAGGUGUUGUAGGUUUUUGUUAUUUGGAUUUGAGGAAGAUGAUGUUGAAUUGGAAAUAGGAAAUCAGAAGGUCAAGAGGAGGUUGAUUACACAGGAAAUUGCUGAAACUUUUGUGACUGUUCCUAAGGACUUUUGCUGUCCGAUAUCGCUGGAUUUGAUGUGUGAUCCUGUGACAAUUUCGACGGGACAAACGUAUGAAAGGAGGUUAAUAUCAAGGUGGAUGGAGGAUGGGCAUUGUACUUGUCCAAAAACGGGGCAAUUGCUUGUUCAUAACCGGCUUGUUCCUAAUCGUGCUCUUAGGAAUUUGAUCAUGCAGUUUUGCACUGCACAUGAGAUACCCUAUGAUCCUCCAGAGGUGGUUGAUGCAACUGCUGAAAUGUUUGCAUCAGCUUGUCCCUCCAAGGCUGCUCUUGAAGCUAACAGAAGGGCUGCCACACUUCUCAUUCAGCAGCUUGCUAAUGGGUCGCAAGCCGCAAAGACUGUAGCCGCUAGGGAGAUAAGAUUGCUGGCAAAAACUGGAAAGGAAAACCGUGCUUUCAUUGCAGAAAGUGGGGCAAUUCCUUAUCUUCGGAACUUGCUUUCAUCUCCUAACACUGUUGCACAGGAGAACUCUGUGACUGCCUUGCUCAACCUAUCCAUUUUUGAGAAAAACAAAAGCCGGAUCAUGGAUGAGGAAGGUUGUUUGGGUUCAAUAGUUGAGGUGUUGCAAUUUGGGCACACAACCGAGGCAAGGGAGAAUGCUGCUGCAACAUUGUUCAGUCUCUCUGCUGUCCAUGACUAUAAGAAAAGGAUUGCAGAUAAUGUGGGAGCUGUUGAAGCACUGGCAGGGCUGUUGCAAGAGGGGACCCCAAGAGGAAAGAAGGAUGCUGUAACGGCGUUGUUUAAUCUCUCCACGCACACUGAGAAUUGUUCGAGAAUGAUAGAGACUGGGGCAGUAGCAGCUAUGGUUGGGGCUUUGGGGAAUGAAGGAGUUGCUGAGGAAGCAGCUGGUGCCUUGGCCCUGAUUGUUCGGCAGCCUAUUGGGGCCUUAGCAGUGGUGAGGGAGGAAGCAGCAGUAGCAGGAUUGAUGGGAAUGAUGCGUUGUGGAACACCAAGAGGUAAAGAGAAUGCAGUUGCAGCAUUGCUAGAGUUGUGCAGGAGUGGUGGUGCAUCUGCAACUGAAAGGGUGGUCAGGGCACCAGCUUUGGCCGGAUUACUUCAAACCCUGCUUUUUACAGGGACAAAGCGGGCAAGACGAAAGGCAGCUUCACUUGCUAGAGUGUUCCAGAGAUGCGUGAAUGCAUCUCUACAUUAUGGUGGAUUAGGUGUAGGGUAUGCAUUUGCCAGCAAUUCAGCUUCAACUAGGGACACAAGCUUUGCUGGUGAUGUUUCAGUUCAAAUGUCCAUUUCUGUUCCUGUUUUAUAGUGUUUGAAUGAAGGUGGAUCACACAAGAGAUGCUGUAUGACAUUGACUCUGUUCCUUGCUUUGUUUCAAUUCAUAUGUACUUGGAUAAAACAGCUUAUCAUAUGAAGAUACCGAGAAAAGUGAAGGUAAUUCAAAGAUGGGUACUAUUUUGGAGAAUAAAGUACCUGCGUCCAUUUAGUGGUAGAGGAUGGCCGUAGUAAAUUCAUCUUUCACAUGAAGGAAACGAUG